CUUCCAUUUUCUUUCAACCCAAUCACAGUCUCGCUGCUCAGGGACUUCACGGUCGACAACAUUUCAUCUUCGAGCAUAAGUGGAAGGUGGUGACAAUACGAGAAGCUUCUCCAAUUGGUAUGAGGUUGGCAUAAACGUUCCCGCUGGGUUUUGGUGGAACUUUACGGCUUCUUUGAAAAGGCGGGGCAACUCGGGGCAUUGAAUUUUCCUCGGACAAAAUCUCGUACCCAAGACUUGCCGAAAAUGGCCUCCAAAACCUCUCUCCGGAGGACGCUCAGAGCCUACCAAAUCUAUGGAGCCAACACAAACGUCGGCAAGACGAUAAUGUCAACGAUAAUUUGCAAAGCCUUCAAGCGCCAAUUCCCUUCUCAGAACGUGUGGUACCUGAAGCCUAUUUCAACUGGCCCUUUGGAUGAGGCGGAUUACCGACAUAUUGCACGGUUCUCGCCGGAAACCAAGACAAAGUGUUUAUUUCAGUUUGAUGAGGCUGUGAGCCCUCAUAUUGCUGCUCGCUCUAGCAAGUAUCUGUCCGACUCCGAAGUUCGUGACGAAGUCCUCGCACAUCUUAUGGCCUGUUCGGAAGCCGGAGAAGGAACAUUACUUCUGGAGACAGCAGGAGGUGUCCAUUCUCCCACUCCCAGUGGCAGUUCACAAGCAGAUUUAUAUAGACCGCUCCGACUCCCUAUUUGUUUAGUUGCAGACCACCAUCUUGGUGGGAUCUCUGCCUCGAUCUCGGCUUUCGAGUCACUUCAUAUCAGAGGCUAUGAUUUAGAUACCGUACUACAGUUUGAGGAUGGAAAGUAUCAAAACCACACCUAUCUACAAGAGUAUUUCGAGCAGAAGGGAAUCUCCUCACUUUCACUCCCGCCACCACCACCCCGAGGACCAACCGAAGAAGAAGAUCAAGAAAUUAUGUCCGAUUACUACGAGAAGAUGAGCAAACUCGACAAGGUCGAGGAAGCCAUCUUCUCCUUAUCCGAGAAGCACACAAAGCGACUAGAGAACCUAGAAAGCAUGAGUACCAGAGCCAACGAUACGAUCUGGUACCCAUUCACGCAACACCGCGAUAUAUCCCCACAGAGUAUCGUGACCAUCGACUCCGCAUCGGGGGAUUUCUUUCAAACCUACACUCCCACCUCUAAAGCCGGUACGUUGAUCCCGACAUUCGAUGGCAGCGCAAGCUGGUGGACACAAGGCCUCGGCCACGGAAAUCCAGAACUGUCCCUCGCAGCAGCCUACGCAGCAGGCCGCUACGGACACGUAAUGUUCGCAGGUGCAAUCCACGAGCCUGCUCUCCAACUCGCGGAAUCACUUCUCCACUACCUGAACAAUCCACGUCUCCAAAAGGUCUUUUACUCCGACAAUGGGAGUACGGGCAUGGAAGUCGCUGUGAAGAUGGCGCUGACGGCUUCAUUUGAGAGAUAUAAGUGGGAUGUGCCGAAAGAGGAGGUGGGUGUGAUUGGGCUGAAGGGUAGUUAUCAUGGGGAUACCAUUGGGGCGAUGGAUGCAUCUGAGCCGAGCACUUUUAAUGAGCGAGUACAUUGGUAUAAAGGGCGGGGCUACUGGUUUGAUUUCCCGCAGGUGAAGAUGGUAAGAGGGAAGUGGAUUGUUGAGCCGCCUGAGGGGAUGAAGGCCGAAUUUGGAGAAGUGACUGAGUUCGCUUCUUUGGCGGAGAUCUUCGACAUUCAGGCGAGGCUUGGAUCGUCGGCUGGGCGGAAGUACAGUAAACACAUUGAGGAGACAUUGAAUGGACUGAUCAAUAAAGAGGGAAAGACUUUCGGCGCGCUGGUAAUGGAACCUGUCAUCCUAGGUGCGGGAGGAAUGCUCUUCGCCGACCCCCUAUUCCAACACCUCCUCGCCUCCACCAUCCGCACUUCGCCUCUCUUCCCCUCUCCCCCUCACGCUUCACCGGAAACCUGGACCGGCCUCCCGGUAAUCCACGACGAAGUCUUCACUGGCCUCUACCGCCUCGGCACCUUCACACCCUCCACCCUCCUCCAAUCCCACCCCGACAUCUCCGUGCACGCCAAGCUGCUAACCGGGGGCCUCGUCCCGCUCUGCUGCACUGCGGCAUCGCAAUCCAUCUUCGACGCCUUCCUUGGGAACGAGAAGCGUGAUGCGUUGUUGCAUGGACAUAGUUAUACCGCGCAUCCAGUGGGUUGUCAAGUUGCGGUGAAAUCGAUUGCGAAGAUGGUGGGGAUGGAGAACGAGGGUGCGUGGGAUCACGCGAAGGAGGAUUGGAAGAGUGGGUCCAGGCUUGCUUCUGUCUCCGAUCAGGCGGUGCAGGCUUGGAGUGUGUGGUCGAAGGGGUUUGUGGGUAAAGUGUCGUUUUCAAGGGAGGUUGAGAGUGUGAUUGCUCUUGGUUCGGUUCUGGCGAUAAAGCUUCAAGAUGAGAAUUCUGGGUAUAGCUCAACAGCAGCCACUGGACUGCAGAAGAAGCUUUUGGAAGGAUCAGACGGGUUCAAGAUUCAUGUUCGAGUUCUUGGGCAUGUGCUCUACGUGAUGGCUAGUCAGACGUCCAGGACUGAGGCUUUGCGGAGUAUCGAGAAAACUUUGCUCGAUGCUCUGUAUUGAGGAAAGAGAAAAUAAUGUAUAUAUGAGAUGGAGAAAAUGAGAAAGCAGUUUGUACACAUAUUGCAACACUUUCAGGCUCUAGAGGAAUUCCUAAGAUGAAUAUGGCUGGCAGUCGUUUAUCUAGAC